UGUCUGCAAAAUGACGACCUCUCUCCCUCAUCUAAAACCCCUAAAACCCUACACUCUCUCUCUUUAUUCCUCUCUUCCUCGUACCCAAACCCAAACCCAAAUAACCCAUACCCGAAUUCCCCAAACUCUCACCAUAACUGGACCCACGUCUCUCUCGGGUCAGGUCUCCAUAUCCGGCUCCAAAAAUUCUUCUCUUUCUCUCCUCGCUGCAACUCUCUUAUGCUCCAACUCUUCUUUGCUUCACAAUGUACCCACCGACUUAACUGACAUCCAAUCCAUGCUUUCGAUUUUGAACUCAUUGGGUGUCAAGACCCAGGUUGACGUUAGAAGGAAGCGAAUUUUGGUUAACAGUGAUGGUAUUAGGUGUGUUGAACCGUGUUUGGAGGAAAUGCGGAAGAUUCGUGGUGGGUUUUUUGUCAUCGGGCCGUUGCUGGCCCGGUUUGGUGAAGCGAUAGUGGGUUUGCCUGGUGGGUGUGACAUUGGGGAGAGGCCUGUUGACUUGUACGUUCGUGGGUUGAGAGCUCUUGGAGCUGUCGUUGAGUUGAGGGAUGGGAAAGUGCUAGCAUGUGCUGCAAAUGGCAGAGGAUUGAUCGGGGGCAAUUUCCACCUUGAUUACCCAAGUGUUGGGGCAACCGAAACUCUUAUGAUGGCAGCAUCCAUGGCUGAUGGAGUGACCGUACUUUCAAAUGUUGCCAAAGAACCAGAAGUUAUUGAUCUUGCUCGUUUUCUGAAUGACAGUGGAGCUUGUGUGAUUGGAGGUGGGAGUGACAAGCUUCUAAUUAAGGGAAAAUUUAAAAUGCAUGGUUCUGAAUGCGUUGUGCCACCAGAUCGAAUUGAAGUAGGGACUUUUAUGAUUGCUGCAGCAAUUACUCGCUCAUGCAUAUCAAUAUCACCUGUGAUUCCUUCCUACGUCUCACGUUUGAUUGACAAACUAACAAUUUCUGGUUGCAAAAUUACACAACGUAACCAUGACACCUUUCAGGUUUCAGCAGUCCCAGCAGAUGUUGGUGAGAAUCUGCAAGGUUUUGAUGUUAAGACAAGUCCAUUUCCUGGGUUUCCUACAGAUCUCCAACCUCAAACAAUGGCAUUGCUCACUACAUGUAAUGGUUUAAGUAUAGUGGAGGAAUCUGUGUUUGACAAACGCAUGGGCCAUGUGCGAGAAAUGCAAAAGCUUGGAGCAGAGAUUCACGUCUGUGGGAGCACUGCACUGGUUUUUGGGAGGGAGAAAGGAAGUAACCUACGUGGGUCUAGGGUUGAUGCUGCAGACUUGAGAGGUGGUGUGUCACUGGUGUUAGCUGGAUUGGCUGCAGAAGGAACUACUGAGAUUAAUGGCAUUGCUCAUGUUGACCGUGGUUAUGAGAAUUUAGAUGCCAAGCUUCAGUUUCUAGGAGCUAAUAUCAAAAGACUGAUACCUGCAGUCUCUCCCCUAUGAAUAUUAUGAUGUCGUCUUAUGUCAGGAAUCAGUUUCAAUAACAUGGCUUUGCCUAUUAUUGUCAUUCAUUUCCAUUCUUUCAACCCAUUAACUACUAACCUUGCUUUUUAUUCUUUUCGGUCCACAAGAGACCCUGAGCUGCAGAAUUUUUUAGGGGAAUCUUUUCCCUUUAAGUCCCACUUUCUUUGAUGCUAGAAGAAUUUUAUCUCAGAUCUUCCAGCCAAUGACGACAUAAUUUAUCAGCUAAGUUAGUUGGUACUACCAUCUACUCACCUGUUGCUUAUCUGAAGAGUGAAUUUAGCUGCCAUCUUUUGUACGCAUUUGAUGUACCUCUUCAGAAGAUUUAAGGGUCAAGAUGAAGUCAAUCAGCAGCUGAUGUAAGUCCAUUCUCAGAUAUAGAAGAAGCCUGUAUUACUUACUUUAUGUGACAAUGGUAGCUGCAUUAUAUUAGUUCUCUCUCUCUCUCUCUGUAAACAGAAAAGCGAUGCCAAAAGACGACGUUAAUUUCUUCAAGUCUAGACAGGUGAUUUAUUGUAAUUGUAACUGUACCUGGAUUAUUUGUUACUUUAUUUAUUUAUUUAUUUUUUGUCA